GUUGUAACAUCCUCGAAGACAUCCCUGUGCAAUACAAAACAAAUUUGUUUGACAUUUCUUUUUGACGUUUCUUUUCAUACAAAAAUAAAUUUAAAAUUUUUGAGAAGACUUGCUUCUCUUUUGCCAUAAUGCCUGAAAAAAACCAUCAAUGGGACAGUGACCCCAAAUCCUGGUCCAAACCAAUCAAACCACUUGAAGAAAAAUGGAAACUUGUACCGGCAUUUCUCCAAGUCAAAGGACUCGUCAAACAACACAUCGAUUCAUUCAAUCAUUUCGUCAAUUUGGACAUUAAAAAGAUAAUCCAAGCCAAUCAAACUGUUCAGAGUGAUGCUGAUCCAAUGUUUUAUCUCAAAUAUUUAGAUGUCAAUGUCGGAACACCUGACAUUGAAGAUGGAUUCAAUAUUACCAAACCAACAACUCCACACGAAUGUCGUUUGAGAGAUGUUACAUAUUCGGCACCAAUCACUGUCGACAUUGAAUACACAAGAGGUUCCCAAAGAAUCAUUAGAAAUAACUUGCUCAUUGGACGAAUGCCAAUUAUGUUAAGAUCAUCAAAUUGUGUGUUGAGUGGCAAGUCUGAAUAUGAAUUGGCUAAAAUGAAUGAAUGUCCUUUAGAUCCGGGUGGUUAUUUUGUUGUUCGUGGUCAGGAGAAGGUUAUACUCAUCCAAGAACAGUUGUCAUGGAAUAAAAUGAUUACUGAAGAGUUUAAUGGUCAAAUUCAAUGUCAGGUUACGAGUUCGACUCAUGAAAAGAAAUCUAGAACUUUGGUAUUGGUUAAACAUGGGAAAUAUUAUUUGAAACAUAAUUCCAUGACCGAUGACAUUCCAAUUGUUGUAAUCUUUAAAGCAAUGGGAAUUAUUUCUGAUCAAGAAAUUAUGUCUUUGAUUGGAACUGAUACUGAAACCCAGAAUAGAUUUGCUCCAUCGCUAAUGGAAGCUUUUAAUUUGAAAGUAUUUACACAACAGAGAGCUUUAGAGUUUAUGGGAUCGAAGUUGGUGGUGAAAAGAUUUCAGACAUCUGCUUCAAAGAAUAAGACUCCAGCUGAAGAAGCUAGGGAGCUUCUUAUGACAACCAUCUUGGCCCACGUCCCAGUGGAAAACUUUAAUUUUCAAAUCAAAUCGAUUUAUGUUUCUCUAAUGGUUCGGCGAGUAAUGGCUGCUGAAUUAAACAGCGAAGCCUUUGAUGAUCGAGAUUACUAUGGAAACAAAAGGUUGGAACUGGCUGGUUCUUUGAUAUCUCUUAUGUUUGAGGAUCUCUUUAAGAGACUGAAUUGGGAAUUGAAAAUGAUUGCAGAUAAGAAUAUUCCCAAAGUCAAGGCAGCUCAAUUUGAUGUGGUAAAGCACAUGCGUGCGGCACAGAUUACAGUCGGCUUGGAAUCGGCAAUUUCUUCUGGAAACUGGACUAUUAAGCGUUUUAAAAUGGAAAGAGCUGGUGUUACCCAGGUUUUAUCAAGAUUGAGUUAUAUAUCUUGUUUGGGAAUGAUGACCAGAGUAAACUCACAGUUUGAGAAAACUCGGAAAGUCUCAGGACCACGUUCCUUGCAGCCGAGUCAGUGGGGAAUGUUGUGUCCUUCUGAUACUCCUGAAGGAGAAGCUUGUGGUUUGGUCAAGAAUUUAGCUCUAAUGACUCAUAUCACAACAGAAGUCGAUGAAGGACCUGUAAUUCGACUUGCAUUCAAUGCAGGUGUGGAGGAUAUUCGUUUGGUUGGUGGUGAUGCCAUUAAUAAUCCAAAAGUUUUUAUGGUCUUUAUCAAUGGUAAUAUAUUGGGAGUUACCAUCUGUUACAAACGGUUGGUUCAAGUAUUUCGGAUGAUGAGAAGGAAAGGUUUGCUGGGGCCGUUUGUGUCAAUUCACACCUCGCAUACGCAAAGAUGUGUUUAUAUACAUACCGAUGGCGGUCGAUUGUGUCGGCCAUACAUCAUCGUUGUAAAAGGCAAACCUAUGGUACAACAGUGUCAUAUUGAUGAACUUAAACGUGGAGUGAGAAAAUUUGAAGAUUUCCUUACAGACGGAUUGGUAGAGUAUUUAGAUGUCAACGAGGAGAAUGACUCAUUCAUAUCAUGGAAUGAAACUGAAAUUAGUGCAGAAAACACAACUCAUUUAGAAGUUGAACCAUUUACUUUGUUGGGAGUUUGUGCUGGUCUUGUUCCAUAUCCCCAUCAUAAUCAGAGUCCUCGUAAUACUUAUCAAUGUGCUAUGGGUAAACAAGCGAUGGGUGUUAUUGGAUAUAAUCAAAAGAAUCGCAUUGAUACUUUAAUGUAUAAUUUGGUAUAUCCACAAGCUCCAAUGGUUAAAUCACGUACAAUUGAAUUGACGAAUUUUGAUAAGCUACCUGCUGGACAGAAUGCUACUGUUGCUGUUAUGAGUUAUUCUGGAUAUGAUAUUGAAGAUGCUUUGAUAUUGAAUAAGGCAUCGAUUGAUCGUGGCUAUGGACGAUGUUUGGUGUAUAAAAAUUCAAAGUGUACGGUUAAGCGCUAUGCAAAUCAGACGUAUGACAGAAUUAUGGGACCCUUGAAGGAUUCAGCAACUAAUAAGGUUGUGUUCAAGCACGACGCACUGGAUACUGAUGGAAUAGUUUCACCCGGGGAGAUGGUUGUAAACAAGCAGAUACUUAUCAAUAAGGAAAUGCCUGCGGUCACCUCAAUCAAUCCAAUUGAACAGAAAGAACCAGGCCAAGCAGGAGUCCAAUAUACCGCAGUUCCUAUAUCAUACAAAAAUCCCGAACCAAGUUAUAUUGAAAAAGUUAUGGUUUCGGCUAACGGCGAAGAAGAUUUUCUUAUUAAAAUCCUCCUAAGGCAAACAAGACGCCCUGAAAUAGGUGAUAAGUUUAGUUCUAGGCAUGGACAGAAAGGUGUUACAGGUUUAAUUGUCGACCAAGAAGACCUUCCAUUUAAUGACUUUGGAAUCUGCCCCGAUAUGGUGAUGAAUCCUCAUGGUUUUCCCUCUCGAAUGACAGUAGGUAAGACGCUUGAGCUGCUAGGUGGGAAAGCAGGAUUGCUCGAAGGUAAAUUCCACUAUGGAACUGCUUUUGGAGGAUCAAAGUGCAAGGAUAUUCAAGAUGAACUCUUCAAGCAUGGUUUCAAUUACAUGGGCAAAGAUAUUUUCUAUUCAGGAAUUACAGGCGAAUCUCUGGAGGCCUAUAUCUAUUCUGGUCCAGUAUACUACCAGAAACUAAAGCAUAUGGUGCAAGAUAAAAUGCAUGCUCGUGCCCGAGGACCCAAGGCUGUGCUAACAAGGCAACCAACUCAAGGUCGUAGUCGUGAAGGUGGUCUACGUUUGGGUGAAAUGGAACGUGAUUGUCUUAUAUCAUACGGAGCCAGUAUGUUGAUUAUGGAACGAUUGAUGAUUUCUUCAGAUGCUUUCGAUGUGGAUGUGUGUAAGACUUGUGGACGUUUGGCGUAUUGCUCUUGGUGUCAUUAUUGUCAAUCGUCGGCAAAUGUUUCAAAAAUUUCAAUGCCCUAUGCUUGUAAGUUGCUAUUUCAAGAAUUGACCAGUAUGAAUGUUGUGCCAAAGUUAAAGUUACAAAACUACUAACUUGUGGGUAAUUUUUUUUACGAUACAUAAUAAAUAUAAAUAGGUAUUGAAAUAUUA